AUGAUUGAGUCAAUUGGGCAAUUUGGUCCUGGAUUGAAACCACCAACAUAUCAUGAGUUGAGAGUCCCAUGUUUGAAGAAGAAAUUAGAAGCAACAAAUGAGUUGAUGAGCAGCCAUAAAGCAGAGUGGGCUAAGGUUGGAUGCACUGUUAUGGCUGAUGGGUGGACCGACAGAAGAAAUAGGACAUUGAUUAACUUUUUAGUUAAUAGUCCUAAGGGCACCAUGUUUAUUGAGUCCAUCGAUGCUUCAUCUUAUGUGAAGGAUGGAAAGAAGAUGUUCGAGCUACUUGACAAUUUUGUAGAGCGCAUUGGAGAAGCAAAUGUUGUACAAGUAGUUACUGAUAGUGCCUCAGCAAAUGUGAUGGCAGGGAGAUUGUUAGAAGCAAAGCGACCACAAUUGAUAUGGUCUCCAUGUGCUGCUCAUUGCUUAGAUUUAAUGUUGGAGGAUAUAUACAAGAUCUCCAAUAUUCGCAAAGCAUUGAAAAGAGGCAUGGAGAUUAGCAACUUCAUCUAUGUUCGUCCUGGAUUAUUAAACAUGAUGCGACGAUUUACUAACCAAAAGGAGUUAGUUAGACCAGCUAAGACUCGCUUUGCUACUGCUUGCAUUACAUUAUCGAGUAUACAUCAUCAAAAGAACAACUUAAGGAAGAUGUUUACUUCAGAUGAAUGGAAGGAUAGCAAAUGGAGCAAGGAGCAACAAGGAAGGCGAGUAGUUCAAACUAUUUUGUUGGCUAGUUUUUGGACUACAAUUGUGUUUGCUCUUAAAGUGUCUGGCCCACUAGUUCGAGUUCUUAGAUUGGUUGAUGGCGAAAAGAAGCCACCUAUGGGAUAUAUUUAUGAGGUCAUGGAUAGAGCUAAAGAAGCUAUUGCUAAGUCGUUCAAUAAUAAUGAAGAAAAAUACAAGGACAUUUUCACCAUAAUUGAUAGAAGAUGGGAGCUUCAGUUGCAUCGUCCUCUGCAUGCAGCGGGGUAUUAUUUAAACCCGUCAUUCUAUUAUUCGAAUCCUAGCAUCCAAGAGGAUGAUGAAAUAGUUAACGGGCUCUACUCAUGCAUAACAAAAAUGGUUGCUUCAUUAGACAUCCAAGACAAAAUACUUGCAGAACUAAGCAAGUAUAAGAGAGCUGAAGCAUUGUUUGGACAACCUUUAGCAAUCAGACAAAGGGACAAAAUAUCUCCAGUGGAAUGGUGGGAUAAUUUUGGACAAUCAACUCCAAACUUGCAAAAGUUUGCUAUUCGCAUUUUAGGUCUUACUUGUAGUGCUUCUGGAUGCGAACGUAAUUGGAGUGUGUUUGAGCAGCUUCAUAGCAAGAAACGAAAUAGGCUUGCUCAAAGUCGUUUGAAUGAUUUAGUGUUCAUCAAAUACAAUAGAGAAUUAAAACGUCGAUACAACCUUCGAGAUAUCGUCGAUCCCAUCUCUUUAAGAGAUAUUGAUGAUAGUAACGAAUGGUUGAUUGGAAGAUUGGAUGAUGAUUCUGAGGAGGAGGAUGAGCUGGUAUUUGACGAUGAUAUUUUAACGUGGGGUGAUGUUUCAAGAGCUGCCGGAGCAAAAGAACCAACCUUCUAUUCUAGAGCUAGGGCCUCAGGAGCGACUAAUGUUUCAUGUUCAUCCUCGUCUACCACACAACCCACACCCAAACAAAUAAAUUUGGAUGACUCUGAUCAGGAAGAAGAAGAUACCGAUGGCUAUAAGUCCAACGAAGGAGUGAAUGAAGAUGAGGAUCAAUUUAGUGAUGAUGAGUUUGAUCUUUAGGAAUGAACUUCUAUUGUGUUUUGUUUUUUGGGUAGAAAACUAAUAUUAUAAUAUUUUAUACAUUAGAGUUAAAUCUCAUUUCUAUAUUGGUUAUUUACUUAUAUUUUAUA